UUCGCCUUCUUGGAAAAAAUAAAAAUCUGCAGUCGCCACCACCACCACCAAAUGGCCUAUGAGGAAGCUCGCAAGCUCCGUCUUCAAGAGAAUCACAAGAGAUUUCAGGAGUUAGGAAUUUCUCAGAUUUCUAAGGCACUACUGACUCAGAUUCCUAAGAAGACGCUUCAGCGUAAUCCUAAACCCAUCGAUAAAGCCCUCGUUGCUACUGCUGAACCAAGACGCUCUUCUCGUGUUCGCACCCUGGUUACUUCUUACCGCGAUGAUGUUGAUGUAGACACUGGUCGUACUUUGGAUCUGAGGAGAUCGCGGCGUAACUCGUCAUGGGCUAGCUACAUUGCACGCCCUGAAGAUGAAUGCAAGUUUGCUUCUUACGAAGAAAAGGUUGGAGCACUCAACGCUGCAGAGGAGUUCCAGAGCUGCCUUGAAUCUCCAUACCCUUCCUUUGUCAAAUCUAUGGUUCGCUCCCAUGUUUACAGUUGCUUUUGGCUGGGGCUUCCUUCAAGAUUCUGUGUGGACAAUUUUUCUGAAGAAACUAUAGAUGUAGUACUAGAGGAUGAAGAAGGCGAAGAGUAUGAAGCAGUUUACAUUGGGAAAAGAAGUGGGCUCAGUGGUGGUUGGAAAAAGUUUGCGCUUGAUCAUAAACUGGAUGAUGGUGAUGCUCUACUCUUCGAACUGGUUGAACCAAAUAGGUUCAAGAUCUACGUGUUUAGAGGAAACGAAAACGCUCAUCUAACAAGCGCAGGAAAGAGAGGCAGAGUGAAGCAAGGUGAAGAAGAAGAUAAGGAUGUUGAAGACUCCGGUGAUGAGGGAUACAUAUCAAGAACCACUAAGAGAUCAUCCGCAAGGUUACUAAGUAAGAGGAAAGCAUAAGAGAGCCUUGUUUUGUCUAUAUGCCCCAUAUAUUGGCCUUAUGACGCAUUUUGAUUUUAUUAUGUAGGCUAAUAAUACUUAUGGCAUAUUUUUUGGAUUUGAAAGUAGAACUCAAGUA